CACUUUCAACAUAAUCACAGUCGCCAACACUUCUCCGGCGUGGAUAGUUGCAGAAAUAAUAGCUUGUCUUCACUUUGACAGCAUUUGUCGUAUAUCGUUUAUAUUUACUUGUACUACAGUUGUCGUUUUUAAAUUAUAGUUCAUUUUUAAUCACUACUAUUGUUCCGCGGCAUCAUAAGUGAUAUAUGUACAUAUAUAUACAUUUAUAUGGGUAUAAGUGUAAUAGGAAUGAUAUAUGAACUUCUGUGAACAAUAAUAAUAAACGAAUAAAGCGAUUGUCUGGCUAACUGGUGGAUUGUCAGUUAAUAAUACAUGCAUAUUGGUAGCAUCACAAUACGUCACAGAUCAUUCGUCGCCCGCUCAGCAUCAGCCGUUCGCCACCUUAUCAAUGAAAUAGACUAUAGCGACGCAGUUACUAAAAAAAAAAAACAUUCAAUUGUUAAAUAUGAUCGUUUUUAUAUUGUGUGCAUAUGAAUAUGUACACAGAAGUAAAUAUGUCUUUAAUUAGAGCGAUCGUGUGAUUUUGCUAUAAAAAAAACGAGUAAAGAAGACAAAAAAAUCCAAGCACUAGCUAUAUAUAAACUGAUAGAAGUGAAUUAAAACAGAAGCAAAAUAAAAUAAAUAAAAGCAUCAGCUUAAGCAGUUGGACUAAAAUGAUAACUUCAGUGCUAAACUUUGUACAAGGUGCCGUGGAGAUGUCCACCAUCGGUUGUGUUGAGUUGGCUUCGGUGGUUCUCAUCGUAUACUAUAUCUACGCCAAAACAAGAGCUAUUGAAAUCCUAGGCAACCUAUUUCCUAAUUUAAAAUUGAAUAUUGAUUAUCGGCCAUCAAUUGUUAAGUUCAAUACUAUGGGCAAUGAACUGCUAACAACGCUGCGUAGAAAUGUCCAGUCGGAAACAAAACAGCCAAAUGCGCUUACACAUGCCCACGGUACAAACAACAUGUUGGAGUUGACACCCCAUGCCGGUCGGAAACCUUAUCACUCAAUGUUUGAUUGGGGUGUUUAUUUUCCGUUUCUUGCACAAUGUUUGCGUAUAAAACGCUUUGUAUAUCCACAGGUAUCCGGCGCAGUGCAAGAUGAUCUUAUGAUACAACGUGCUAUCAAGCAAGCUGCUGAACAAAUUGUACGGGAACAGAGAAUUGAAACGCACAGGACAUUUAAAAUGAAUGGUGAAACAUCAAGCGAUAUAGAGACAGAAGCUAAAAAUUAUCAGGAUAUUUUGGAAAGCCAAGAACGACGGGCCAAAAGUAUUUUAAUGAAUAUGCGAUCAACACUCAAUCAUUAUCUCAUAAUGCUUACAUCAUGGUUACUCUAUAAACUGUUACCAUGUUUCCUUUCUGGGGUUGUUACACACACAAAGCAAAUAGAAACUUUGAAAAAGGCAUCGGAACGUGCACCUGGUAUUCCUUUAAUAUUUCUACCAUUGCACCGCAGUCAUCUAGAUUAUAUUAUGGUUACUUUUAUUUUGACUAAUAAUGACAUACGCAGUCCAUUAGUUGCUGCUGGCGACAACUUACAAAUUCCAGUGUUUGGUGGACUUUUACGAGGACUCGGUGCUUUUUUCAUUAAAAGAAAAAUUGACCCUGUUGUUGGAAAGAAAGACAUUCUCUAUCGUGCCAUUUUGCAACAGUACAUUCAGCAUGCGUUGAAAAUGUCACACAAUGUUGAAUUCUUUAUUGAGGGUGGCCGUACGCGUACUGGCAAACCGUGUAUGCCGAAAGGUGGUAUUUUAUCGGUAAUUGUAAACGCGUUUAUGGAUCGUAGUAUACCUGACGCUUUACUGGUACCAGUUUCCGUUAAUUAUGAACGUCUCGUCGAUGGCAAUUUUGUGCGAGAGCAAAAAGGUGAAACAAAAGUACCAGAGUCGUUUUGGAAGGCCAUGGCAGGAAUUUGGAAAACCUUAAACUCAAAAUAUGGUCUAAUGCGCAUCGACUUUAAUGAACCAUAUUCUAUUAAAGAGCUUGUUCAAUCAUAUAACAAAAUUGCCACAGAUAAUAGCCACUUCAAGGUGUACAAACCCUCUGAACGGACAUUACAACACAAUCAGUCAACAUCAUCCCUGUAUGGCACGGAUGUAGUUUGCGAGGAACAUCGCACACUAAUCGAUAGCAUUUCAAGAGAAGUAGUAUAUGAUUGCGCUUCCGCCACAUCUGUAAUGUCUACAAAUGCUUUAGCAUUCUUAAUGUUAACACGUUUUCGUAACGGAGCAUUAGUCACAGACAUUGCUCGGGAAUUGGAUGUGCUCCGUGAACGUUUGAAGGGACGCAAAGAUAUGGCUUUUGCUGGUGAUUCUCUACAUAUAGUCAAUUAUUCUUGUGAUUUAUUGGGCGAAGUUUUGAUAACGAGAACGCAGGACGAACGUGGGCAGAUUUAUUUGCGACCCGUGCCUAGUAUCGAGGCGACAAUUGAAUUAUCUUACUAUUCCAAUAUGUUGACGCCAUAUUUCGCUCUGCAAUCUGUAUUAAUGAUAACAUUUCAUGAGUUGUUGACAAAAACUGCAGACGAAAAAAUAACUGAUACUUUUGCUGAUCCAGAGAAUCUGCCGGGCAUUUCGAGAAAAAGUCUUAUUGAUGCUGCUAUAGCAAACUGUGAUGUUCUACGAUACGAAUUUAUUUUACAUAAGCCAACUCAAAUAUUAAGUAAUCUCUUAGAAAUCUCUUUAGAUGAAUUGAUUAUGAAUGGCCUCAUAAAGCUGCCUGAGAAUAAUGAUGAGCCUGAGUGCAACACUGAAAGCCGGAAAAUCGCCCGAAACAUUGCUGCAUACUUAGAAGAUACAGAUGACUCUGAAUAUGCUGAAUCCGAUUAUAAUCAAGACGAAAAACCUGAUAUAUUUUUAUCACACGAUACAUUGACUGAACAAAAAGCGAUUUGUGAGGUAUUGGCGCCGUUUAGUCACGCAUACCUCUCAGUAGCUCAGUCACUUAGUAUUUUAUAUAGAAAUUCUAUGCUCGAAAGUGAAUUUAUCAAAUUCGUUAUUAAUGAUAUAUCGAACAAAGUAAAUAGUGGCGCUUGUCCAUAUGCUGAAAGCGUCUCAACUGAUUCAGUGCGAAAUUGUUUAAAACUGCUGGAGAAGUGGUCAGUUCUGGAGAUAUGUAAUGACCAUGGUGUGCGUCUUUUAACGCUUGGAACACUCUAUGAGACGUCAAAAGAAUCUGUUAAGACAAUAAUUGGAAGGAUAGCAAAAAUAGUUCCACCAAAAAACGGAUAUUUGCCCGUUUAAAAACUGUCGAAUUACCAAAAAAAUUUAAAAAGAUUGAGACUAUUUUUUAAAUAGAAUCAGAGGAUUAAUUUGCGUAACAACGAAUCAACAUUGGAUCGUAGUUAUUUGCAAAUUUAAACUAAAUAAAUAGUUCAACGCAACAUAAUCCAAAUAUUAACAACAAAAAGUAAUGAAUUUAUUGACUGAAUAAUUUAGUUUAGGCGAAAACGAAGAAUAAUAAGUUAACUAUUGCAAAUAGUUUGAAUUAUAUCGAAUUUGUCAUUUUAUAUAGACAGAAACAUUGCCACAUAGUCCGUUUGAAAACUUCGUUCAUAUAUUUAGAAAAUAACAUGAUCAUUGAACUUAAACUUUGGUGAUUCUACAUUUAGAAAAAUAUGUUCUAACAAAGGAUGUGUGGCGAUUCCUUUUUGUAAUAAAGUUACUUAUAGAUAUGUAUAUAAGAUCUUGUAAAAAGCGAAAAUAAAAACAUUUUUUACAAACCUAA